GAGAGGCUUUCGCUGCAAACUCAUCCCAGGGUCCACACGGCGCACACACACUUCCCACCCGAACCGGAGGUUUACCUCAAUGAGGAAGGGCGAGCUGGACUCUUUGCCCGCUGUUUGAUUUCUCCAUUUGUCUUCCUCUUUUUUUUUAGCAUAUAUCCCAUGUUUUGUUGUUCGUGGAAAGUGAACUUAGUGUUCAUAUUGUAACCAGCUGUUGAUUCGAAGUGAACCAAGGCGUUGUUAAGAACCGCAACAAAGACAACCGACGAUCAGCUGCUCAUCCGGACCAAACGCUGUUGGAGGUUUAAAUGCGGUUUUAAAAGAGCGACCCAAAGUUGAAUGAAUCUCCGGUGAACACGUGUUAAGAUGGAUCUGAGGGUGCUCCUGGUUUCGGUUCUGCUUGGACUCAGCAGCGCUCAACAAGAUGGUAACGAAUGCACAAAGGCUUCGGCACAGUCCUGCGGAGAAUGCAUUCAGGCCGGAGAGAAGUGUGGAUGGUGUACAGACGUGAACUUUCUGAAACAGGGUGAGCAGAAGUCCACACGUUGCGAUGAGGUUGAGGCUUUGCUCAAGAAGGGCUGUACAGCGGCCAACAUUGAAAAUCCACGUGGAAGUGUUGAGACCCUCAGGAACCAAAGUGUAACAAAUCGCAAAAAGGAGCAAGGAUCUCUCAAGUCAGACCAGAUCACCCAGAUUCAGCCACAAGAACUCAGACUUAAUCUACGUUCAGGUGAAGCUCAGAAGUUUGCGCUGAAAUUCAAGAGAGCUGAGGAUUAUCCUAUUGACCUCUACUACCUGAUGGACCUCAGUUACUCUAUGAAAGAUGAUUUAGAAAACGUCAAAAACCUGGGAACCCAACUGAUGUCCGAAAUGCAAAAGAUAACCUCUGACUUCAGGAUUGGUUUUGGCUCGUUUGUGGAGAAAACCGUUAUGCCGUACAUCAGCACAACACCAGCCAAGCUGCUAAACCCUUGCACAUCAGACCAGAACUGCACAAGCCCAUUCAGCUAUAAAAACGUACUGAGCCUGACUUCUGAGGGAUCCAAGUUUAAUGACCUUGUUAGUAGACAGCAGAUCUCAGGAAAUCUGGACUCGCCAGAGGGAGGCUUUGACGCCAUCAUGCAAGUGGCUGUCUGCGCGAAUAAGAUCGGCUGGAGAAACGUGACACGUCUGCUUGUGUUUUCCACCGAUGCUGGAUUUCACUUCGCCGGAGACGGAAAACUUGGCGGAAUUGUGCUUCCCAAUGAUGGGAAAUGCCAUCUGGAGAAUAACAUGUACACUAUGAGCCAUUAUUAUGACUAUCCAUCCAUUGCUCAUCUCGUUCAAAAAUUAAGUGAAAACAACAUUCAGACUAUUUUUGCAGUAACUAAAGAAUUCCAGCCUGUUUACCAGGAGCUGAAAAAUCUCAUUCCAAAGUCUGCUGUAGGAACACUGUCUUCAGACUCCAACAAUGUGAUAAAUCUCAUUAUUGAUGCCUAUAAUUCUCUGUCCUCUGAGAUCAAUCUGGAGAACAGCAGGCUGCCUGAAGGUGUGUCCAUCUCAUAUGUUUCUCAUUGCAAAAAUGGAAUAAGCAACACAGGAGAGGAUGGAAGAAAGUGCUCCAACAUCUCAAUCGGGGAUGAGGUAACGUUUGACGUAGCGAUCACGGCCAAGGGUUGCCCAAAUAAUGGUAAUCCUGAGGAAAUAAAGAUCAAACUGCUGGGUUUCACAGAGGAGGUGUCUAUCAAACUGAACUUCAUCUGUGAGUGUGAGUGUCACAAAGAUGGCCGUCCAAACAGCCAGGAGUGUCAUUUUGGCAAUGGGACUUUGGAGUGUGGAGCAUGCAGGUGCAACGAGGGACGUAUUGGCAGGGUUUGCGAAUGUAGCAAAGACGAAGUGAGAACGGAGGAUCUGGACGCAAACUGUCGCAUGGAUAACGGGACGGACAUCUGCAACAAUAAUGGCGACUGCGUCUGUGGAACGUGCGAGUGUAAAAAGAGGGAUAAUCCGGAGGAGAGAUACAGUGGAAAGUUUUGUGAAUGUGACAACUUCAACUGCGAUCGCUCCAACAACAAACUCUGUGGAGGUCACGGUCGAUGCGAGUGUCGGAAAUGUAUCUGCGAUGCUAACUACACAGGCAGUGCGUGCGACUGCUCUAUGGACACCUCAACCUGUUUGGCCAGUAACAAACAAAUCUGUAAUGGUCGAGGCACUUGUGAAUGCGGGGUGUGUAAAUGUAGCGACUCCAAGUUUCAGGGUCCGACCUGUGAAAUCUGCCCGACCUGCCCUGGAGUUUGUCCUGAACACAAGGACUGUGUUCAGUGCCGAGCGUUUAAGACGGGUGACAAGAAAGAUACAUGCGAGAAGGAUUGUGCAUACUUCAAUCUAAGGAUGGUGCAGAAGAAGGAAGAUCUUCCUCAGCCGAACGACCAGCCCUUCAUCAAUCACUGCAAAGAGCGAGAUGCUAAUGAUUGUUGGUUUUUCUUCACUUACGCUACCAGAAAUGACAGCACUGUUGAGGUUCAUGUGGCAGAGGAGCUUGAGUGCCCCUCUGGUCCUGACAUCAUCCCCAUUGUAGCGGGUGUGGUCGCAGGAAUUGUUUUGAUUGGUUUAGCUCUGCUGCUCAUCUGGAAGCUGCUCAUGAUUAUUCACGACCGCAGAGAAUUCGCCAAAUUUGAGAAGGAAAAGAUGAAUGCCAAGUGGGACACGGGUGAGAACCCCAUUUACAAGAGCGCUGUGACCACGGUGGUGAACCCUAAAUAUGAGGGCAAGUAAUGGACACGCGUGUCGAUCUCCAAGCAACACUGUAUGCAAAGCAAUUCAAAAGGAGGAGUUUCAAAUUCAAGUUUUUUUUUUUUUUAAAUCACCUUUUGGCCGUGCAUUUGCCACUGAUCUAUUAAUCUGUGUUUCUAUGCAUCGUUUUGACAUUUGUACAGUAUGUAUAAACUUUUUUUUUAUGCAAUCUACGACAUUUCAAUGUUCAGUUUAAUUUUUCGGUCUGUCGUGCCUUGUUUUUCUGAAUGUUAAAGCCGAUCGCUUUGGGUUAGAUAAUGGAGGAUGUUGUACGUAAGA